AUGACACUAACACCAGAAACUAAACCAUCAUCAUCAGCAUCAUGUGCUACAGAUGCACCAAUAAAACCAGAUGUAGAUGUUGGUAUUGAUGAAGAAGAUGUCGAUGACAUUGCUCCGAACCCACCACCACCACAACAACCUAACCAACCUCACCAGCCUCCACAACCUCAUCAACCUCCACAACCUAACCAUCCUCCACAAUCAGGACCUCUUCAUCCAGGACUUCCAUUAUUACCUCCUUUGCCACAACCAAAAACCGCGGCAAAAGGCAAGAAAUUAGUCACCAUCAAAAGAGAAACACCAAUUCUCACCGCAUUAAUAGAUCGUCAAUUCCAAGAGGCCGAAUCAUUAAUCACCAACAAAGAAAAUGCACAUUUAAUUAACUAUGCUGAAUCUGGUUAUGGUUAUACUGCAUUAAUCUUGGCUAAUGAAAUACAAAAUGAUGAUAUAUCAUUUAGAUUAUCAAAAUUACUUAUUGAAAAUGGAGCAGUUAUUAGAGUGAUGAAUCAUAGAGGAUUUACACCAUUUAGUCAAGCUUGUUCAAAUGGAAACUUUAAAUCUGCUCAACAUUUGGCCUCGAUUGAUCCAACACUCAUCACUGAAAUCAUUCCAGUUCCAUCGAUUAUUAUUGCGGCAGAGUCAGGCCACUUGCAUAUUGUCCAGUGGCUAGUACAACAUGGUGCCUUUCCAGGUGCCCAACUAACCACUGAAGCUGUCGCCAACAAGGGUUUGAUGGCAAUUCAUCAAGCCUCUGUCAUGGGUAGAAUACAUGUGGUCAGAUUUUUAGUUGAACAAUGCGGAAUCUAUAUCGACGAACAAUCCAAUACUUGUGGAAACACACCUCUCUAUCUAGCCAUGGAACAAAAUCAAUUAGAAGUGGCAGAGUACCUCUUGUGGAAAGGUGCCAAUCCGAAUAUCACUCGAAGAGAUGGUAUUUUCGGGUUGUUUAUGGCAGCUCAAAAAGGACACACUGAUAUGGUCAAAUUAGUACUAAGAUACAAUGCCAACCCCAAUCAACAAACACUCGAUGGUCAUACAGCAAUGGACAUCGCCAAAAAAUUCCAUCACAAAGAUAUCAUUAAAUUAUUAACACCUGUAUCUGUUUCUUCAGAUUGUUCUAUUAUUUCAUAA